AUGACCAGCCCUACCAGGAGUGUCAAAGACCAGAAAGGCAUCAGUGACAGCCCGUCUCACAAACCAGAAACUCCCAGGUACCGCAGCUGGAGCAACUGGAGCUUUUCCAGAUGGAGGAGCGGCUCCCAGAGAGCAAGCCCCCCUGCUUCCCCCUCCCCAAAGGUGGACAAGAAGGGUGAUGUGUCCAAGACGCUCUUCUCCUUGGUUAAGACACACAAUGAUGACUACACAGCGGAUCCAGAUGGCCUGAUCAACAUCAACGAUGAGGCUGAUGGAGGAGGCGAUGAUGACGUCGAAGAGGACCAGUCCACUUACUUCCAGAGGCAGUUCGGCUCCAUGCUUCAGCCCGGGGUCAACAAGUUCUCCCUGCGUAUGUUUGGCAGUCAUAAGGGUGUUGCUGCUGAGCAGGCCAGGGUCAAGAGCUUUGGAGUGUGGAUCAUCCACCCCUACAGUGAUUUCAGGUAAUUACAUUACAUCUUCAGAAUCAGUGUCUUAAGAGUUAAGUUUCUCUACAUCAUAUCAGCAGAAAAUUUGCAUAAAGGGUGAAAGCAGGUCUGCAACAACUUGCUAAUAAAAGAUUUUUCAAUCUGCCAUUUAUCUAUUAUAUUCUCCUUUAGAAAGUAUUCCAUUUCUAUUCAACAACACAGCCCACCAACUGUGCUCAGAUCUUAUUUCCAAGGUGGCUCAGCAGCUGAUGUCAUGGCUCCCAGCACAUGAUAAGGAGAUGAAGGGAUUUGAUUAGUGAUACAGUAUAUAGGACAAGAUCAUCUGGAUUAAUAAUACCACCAGUGACUUUCUUUCUCUGCGUGUAUGAAGUGGUAAAACUGUAUUCAUUGAUUCUUGUGACUAAAGUUAUCCAGUGUGCUCAGUUGGAAAGACACCCAACAAUUUAUUUCCCUGGCUUGCCCUCACUGUUGGAAGAUUUGGUGAAUCAUUUAGCUUCACAGCUGAACAACAUCUUAGCGGUGGUGCCAGAACAAUCUGUCUGUGUGGUCACUAAUAAUAGCUGCCAUCAAUUUAAACAAUUCUAAACAUCAGGCCUGUGCCAGACACAGGAUAAACCCGUGCACAGGGAUUAUUACCCAUAAGAAUCCCUAUAAUUCCAAUCUCCUUUUAUUAUGCAAUAAUAAACAGACAGCUGAGGGGGAGAUUAUCAACGGCCUGCUCUGCAUACACCGUAUGCUCCGGCUUCCAGCUCUUUAAAAUGAAUGAAUUAGAGCAGCACGUUUUUGGUGCUCAGCUUUACUUUUGAGGGUUUAAGGUCAAAGAGUUUGUAAUUUGGACUUUGGAUCAUAUUCAAAGUUGGUAGAUAAACAAAUUUGUACAUUGUUGCAUAAAUACACAUUUCAUAUACAUUUCUAUCCUUAUAUUUAUUGAUGGGUUGAUGAGGCUUUCUGAUCUGGUGGGAGUUUUGACUACUAGAGUGCAUGUCCUGUUAAAACUUCACUCUUUUUGUUUUUACAAAACAUUGAGGUUGAUGUGAACUAAAGCACCAUUAUUCACCUGUUCUGGUGCUUGCAUUUUUGUUUUCAGGUCGUCAUCAGUAGAUCUGUUGUUAUGGAGCCAAAAUAUUUAGACUCUGAAUUGCACAGGACCCAGUGCAGGAAAUCCUUGCACACUGUGAGAUUGUACCCGGGUACUGCAAUGUACUUGAGGAUGUGCAAUGCAUGUCACUCUGAAGGGUGUGCAUGUGUAGUUGACUAUUGAAACUUGGCAUCAGACCUGUUUCUGUUCCUGAUGGCAUCUCUUUCUAAAAGGGUUUUCAUUUGUUUUAGUCGUUCAUCAGUUUUAAUCUGAACACACAAAACUAUCAAACCACUUUCUUUUUCCUGUUCCACUCCCACUUUUAUCAAUCGCUCAUCUAAAAUGUUUUCAGUACAGUAGACUUAACUCUACUCCUUGAUGACACACGUGCUCACGCCACUUGACAACUACUGAAAUGCUGCAUAGGAGAUAUUAGCAACAAGCAACCACUAAUCUGCCACACAACGUGAUCGCAGAUGUUAAGUAGACAUGCGAAUCAGUGUGUAGACAUCAGAGGACAUGUGUGCAAGUGAUUGCUGGGGGGGAUAAAUGUGAAUGAGAAUGAAGAACUAAUCUAUCACUUCCCUGCUCUGACUGGCUAAAGAAAGAAGGCGUUUUUCGAUUGUAGAGGUUGACAGUAAUGAAAAUAGACUGGCUCUGUUACAGCGACCUAUGUAAAGAAGAGAAAGAGAGAGAGAGAGAGAGAGAGAGAGAGAGAUAAAGUGAUUGACACUUGAUGGAAACAAUCUGUACGGAAACCCAAACUGUGCAGCCAAGUCAUGUAACGAGUCACUGGAGACCUAAAGCAGAACAGGGCUUGUAUGACGGUAAUGCAGACAGUGAUGCAUACAGAUCAGACUUCUGGUAUUCUGCAUGCCAAGUGAAGCAGACUGUGUAUAAGACAUGCCUGGCUGUAGUGACAUUUUCUUUCCUUUAUUCUCUUCUUUGGUGGUACGUGGAGCCUGCCGAAGUUAACAUCAUGCAUUUUUAAUGAGAGGAGUUCCUCCUGUGACAGAAGAUCUUAUAGUUACGUUCACAUUUAAAUGGGUCAUCCCCUGGAUGGCAAACUUCCUUUGUUUGGAUGACUUCACUUGACCCCGAUAGCUUUUUUCAAUCCCACAAUUUAAAGGAAUAGUUCAAGAUUGUGUCUGAGAAAAGAGGAUUACCAUCUUCAUCUCUGUGCACCAGGCAUGGAGUUAAAGAGACCAACAUAUUGUGUGUAAAAUCUCGAACCCAUAAGCUUAGAAACAGACUUUUGUUUGAGGAUCAUUAUAGUUUCUGUUAGGAGUAUUAUGGUAGUCAAAGUUGCAUCGAUCAGUCGUAUUUCAGGAGAUUUUGUUGUGUACAGGAAAAACAGUCAGUAUGGAGAGCAAAAGAAGGCAGAAUAUAGAAUGCAGUCCACCUUAAUGACACCCAGGCUGCCAUCUUCAGUAAGCUAACACUGUUUUCUUUUAUCACUGUAAGGUCCCACAUGAUAGAUUUGUUUCCUAUAGCUGUUUACAACAUGUCUAAAUUGUCUGUAAAGGUUGUGAAUUGUCACAAAAACAGACAAAAUUUUGCAUCCGUGGAGGAUCUGCAGCCCCUCAGGAGAUUUUCGGUUGCACCAGUAAUCAUCUUAACUGCUCCACAAAUCAAAUCUUCCUCUGAUCUCUUUUACAGGUUUUACUGGGACAUCGUGAUGCUCCUGUUAAUGAUGAGUAAUCUGGUCAUUUUGCCGUGGGGAAUCACCUUCUUUGAAGACCAGAACACCUUACCCUGGAUCACCUUCAAUGUCCUGUCAGACACUCUUUUCCUUAUGGACCUAGUUUUCAAUUUUCGUACAGGCAUCCCAGGAGAGGACAGCCACAUCAUCCUCGACCCCAAAGAGAUCCGCAUGCAUUACCUCCGCACAUGGUUCCUGGUGGACUUUGUCUCCUCUAUCCCAGUGGACUACAUCUUUCUCAUUGUUGACUUAGAGUCACGGCAUGAGUCGUCUGAUGUUUAUCGCACUGCCCGUGCUCUCCGCAUUGUACGCUUCACCAAGAUCCUGAGUCUGCUGCGACUUCUAAGACUAUCCCGCCUCAUCCGAUACAUCCACCAGUGGGAAGAGGUAAAGGGAAGGGGAACACAGAGACAACAAUUUGCACACACCAAAGAGAUCCUCCUUUUACAUGUCUAUUUUCUUCAUCAAUCUUUCACUGUCAGAUUUUCCACAUGACCUAUGACCUGGCCAGUGCUGUGGUGCGUAUAGUCAACUUGAUUGGGAUGAUGCUGCUGUUGUGCCACUGGGAUGGCUGCCUGACCUUCAUGGUGCCUAUGCUGCAAGACUUCCCCCCAGACUGCUGGGUAUCCAAAAACAAUAUGGUGGUGAGUACACUUCAAUUAAAAGAGUCUGGCUUGUGAUUUAGAGACCUGGCAGAGCAUGAUGGGCGUAGUUGAAGUAGGAAGGAAGGAAGGAGCUGUUUUUUUCACUGUUUUGUUGCAAGAAGUAGAGAUUUGAAUUUGAGCUACAACUGUAAGCCAAUGGAGAGGGAUGAACAACAGUGGUAUGUGUUGUUUUGGGUUGUAUCAUCAGCAGAGGUUCAUCUGUGCACACAGGGAGGUAUAAGCCAGUACAGAGUUGCAGUUGUCAGUGUGGAAUAUUGCCGAAGCUGAGUUGCAUGCUUUGUCAGGUAGGGUUGAUUCCUCCUCCGACAUUAUAGAGGGAAAAUCAGCACGAGCGAGUAACUGUUUGGUUUAACCAAGCUGAUCUGUGGUUGUAUUAAAGGACUGGCUGAUAUAACAAGAAGCGAAUUUUUUGACAGGUUGAGCUACAUGUGGUGUUCAUUCAUCUAUUUAAGACAUAAACCAGUGAGAGGCAGAAUCUGAGAUACCAAGCAUAGAGAGCAUGGAGAGGAGGAUCUGAUGGUUCACAUCAAAAGCAGCUGAUAGAUCAGCAGCAACAGAACUGAGGACGUUUCAGCAGCUCUAGCUAAUCACAGUGAUUCAAAAGUUUCAGUAAGGUGGCCCCACUUUAAGCCAGACUGACUAAGACCAAAUAUGUUGUUGCAGAGACCUGAUCAAAGACUGCGAAUUCAAGUAUUUUUAACAGGAAAGGCAGAAGUGAAACUGGUCUGUAGUUUUUAACUUGGGCUGGGAUGAGGGUGGGAUAUUUGUGUAAUGUGAUUAACCGAGCUUACUUGAAUGCAGCUAGGACAAGGCAGAAUAGAGUUGGCCAAAUGGUCUGCAGAAGUUUUAAAGGAAUUGGGUACAAGCUUUAAGGCAUUAUCAAACUUUUAUUCGUACAGUAAUUUGGCUAAAAACUUUACUCAUGCUGCAGAUAUUUACAUUUUCUUACCAAAUUUAGGUGUGGUGAUUGUACAGUAUUUUCCAGUGAUAUUUCUCUAUUCUUUCCAGAAUGAUACUUGGCACAUUCAGUACUCCUACGCCCUGUUUAUGGCCAUGAGUCACAUGCUGUGUAUAGGCUACGGGGCCCAUCCUCCAGAGGGCAUGUCCGAUGUUUGGCUCACUAUGAUAAGCAUGGUGGUAGGGGCCACCUGCUACGCCAUGUUCCUAGGCCAUGCAACUAACCUGGUGCAGUCCUUGGAUGCAUCGCACCGCCAGUAUCAAGAGAAGGUAAUCAUCUCUGCGGGGAUUGAAAACGAUUAACAGACUACAACAUUUUGACCUGAAGGGUCACUUGUAUUGUAUCCAGGAAGGUUCACGUGGGUGCUUAUGUGAUCCUGGCCGUGAAGUUUAAUAUCUCAGCCAUGUUUUAUUUCAUAAGCUUGCUUACUCUCUAGUGCUUUAUUCGUCGAAGCCGUGCCAAAGGCCUAGAAAAUAUGGAUGUUAUCUAAUGGCUUUUGAGGACUUAACGUGACACUGCCCAGGGGAUUUUCACAUGAUCAAACUGAAUGCACCUUGGUUUAGAUCACUGUUAGCUAAUGCACAUUACAAAUGAGAUUGUAAUCCACUUACAGCUGGAAAAACCACUGGAAAGUAAGAGUAAUGCAUAAUUAUUGUGGACUAAUCACACUGAAACACGGGUGAAAAUAUUUCUCAGUGUGACAGAGUUUUAAUUGGACACAAUGAAAGGUCAAUUCAUGAUGUGUUUUGUUCAAAUUUUUUCAGUACAAGCAAGUGGAGCAGUACAUGUCAUUCCAUAAACUUCCAGCAGAUGUAAGACAGAGGAUCCAUGAUUAUUACGAGCAGCGAUUCCAAGGCAAGAUGUUUGACGAGGACAGUAUCCUUGGGGAGCUGAGUGAUCCACUAAAGGAGGUGUGUCAUGAAUCAAAACUUUAACUUCUUGUUCGACUUGCUUACACUGAUAAAUUGAUCCUAAAAACAAGUUCUAAUCAAUAUCGAUUAAUGUGCUAAUUUUCCAGUAAGGUCUUUUUAACCUAUUUCUAGGCUUUGAAUUAGCAGAAAACUGUAAAAUAUGUCCUUAAGAUGAUUCUACAGUGAAAGUGAGACAAUCAGAUACCAUAUUGAGAAAAAAAUCAGUUAUGGAUGACUAAUUUGAAGAUUUAUUUAAUAAAAAUUUUAACAAGUUGUAAUUGCUAUUCAAUUGUUAAAGUUAUAAUUUAUUCAGCCUUGACUUUAUUACUAUUUUCUAACAGUUAUCAAUAACCUAAACACACAAGGGCAUAUCCUAACAAUAGGUUAGAACAAACUUGACAUUUUUUCUUGAAACUUAACUCAUUAAUAAAAUACACAGUUUACAGUUUAGGAAACUCAAGAGGUUUCUCCAAUCUUCAUGUCUUUUCAUCCCACCAUGUAGGAGAUUGUCAGCUAUAACUGUCGUGGUCUCGUCGCCAACAUGCCACUUUUUGCAAACACCGACCCUCAUUUUGUGACUGUGAUCCUGACCAAGCUGCGGUUUGAAGUGUUCCAACCUGGAGACUUGAUCAUACGAGAAGGGACACUGGGUCGGAAAAUGUAUUUUAUUCAGCACGGCACUGUCACAGUCAUCGCUCGUGGCAGUAAGCAGAUUACGCUCAAUGAUGGGGCGUAUUUUGGAGGUGAGAUAUCUGAAAUUCAACCCUGAAAAAGUGACUCAUAAAUCUCUCAGGGGCUCUCAGGGUGCUUUUUGUUCAGCUCUUUCAUUAAGUUGGAACUGUUCCCCUAGACAUUCACAAGUCUGACUUACUUUAUCAUCUAUCUCAGUAUAUAUGAGGCUGCAUUUAAAGAUAGUUUUGAUGAAUCAAAAUGGGAAAUGUGUCUCAGCAGACAAAGAAGAGAGCAGAAACUUUGAUUUGAGAAGCUGAGGUCACCGUAAUUAUAAAUACGGUCAAAGGUUAAACUAAACUAAAAUUCUCUCUCUUGGUUUAGAAAUCUGCCUGCUGACCCAAGGACGGCGCACAGCUACUGUGAAGGCAAACACCUACUGUAGACUUUACUCCUUGAGCGUAGACAGCUUCAACGAAGUCCUGGAAGAGCACCCUUUGAUGAGGAGGGCAUUUGAGAGUGUGGCUGUGGACCGACUGGGCCGGGUCGCUCGCAAAUCCAGUUGUCAGUCUACUUCUGCCGAGUGA